ACCUGAUGAAGCCUCAAACCUGAUAUGGCCUUAACUGGUAGAAAAAUUUCAAUCCUAAACCAUCUUCAGGGCCAGAGUAUCUCAUCCUAAAACCUGUAUAGACAUGAGCCGCUUGGGCGAUAAGACCAAACUUGCACCCCUUGAUGUUGAUAUCCGAUCUACUGCUGGAAGAAACAGAAAAGACAACUAGAGAAGAGAAACUAGGGCACCUUUCUUCUAUUUUAAAAAACUUCCUAAUCUUCCCAUAAUUCUUUGUCCUCACCUAAUGAUUUUUGACUCUAUCCUCACCCACUCCAUAAGAUCGAUGAACCUACUUCAACACCAAGCAUUAUAAAUCUUCCUAAAAUCAUACACAGUUUUAUUGGUAAUCUACUGAUGGUGUCACAGAUUUGUUAGCUUUUGUGAACAGAACCACUCCACUUGUAACAAUUGCAAAUCUUCAGUUUCUCUUAAACCCUGCCAUCCACUUCAAUUUCUCAGUCCCAAGCGACCAUGUGUAAGUGUUGUUUCUUCCUUCACUUUUCUGGGUUUUCUCUCAAUUUUUUGAGCUUUUCUGCUGUUCAACUGUGGUGAUUCUUCCAUUCUAUUUACAUGAGAGAAAUGAAAUGAGAGAUCUGAUCGGAUUGGUGGACUUGAAGGUUCUGGGCUUUAAUUUUAAGUAGAUUUGUAGAAGGAGAAUCGUGAUCUCAUGUCUCUGAUCUUUUGGGAUGAGAAUUGGAGUUUCAAGUGUUCACUGAGAUUGUAAUGAGUGCUGAGGUUCUGGGUUUUGUAAUACAGAUCAUGUCGAUGGCAAUUGUCAUCUCUGUGAUACUAUUGUUCGUGGGUAUCGUUGUUAUGGUCUUGAUUCAUUGUUGUAUUGUUGGGAGAGCCUCCAGGAGAGGAUUCAGCAGUGCUAGCACAGGCGAGAGAGGAAGUAAUGGAGGCAAUAGCAUGUCCAUUGAUGAUCUGAAGAAGCUUCCAUUGUUUGAAUUCAAAGCAGGAGACAAGGGAAGCGCUCCAGUUGAUUGUGUAGUUUGCUUGGAAAGUUUCAGGAUGGGUGAUAACUGCAGAUUACUGCCUAUUUGCAAACACAGUUUUCAUGCUCAAUGCGUCGAUUCAUGGCUGUUGAAGACGCCAAUCUGUCCGAUUUGUCGAACCAGUGUCGAUUCGCAGAAGCGCCAUUCCAGUGAAUUGAGGACUCAAUGGGGUUCUGAUUCCUCAACCUUCCAAGCUGCUUCUGCUUCUCCACUUCCUAUGAUCGUUUAAUGUGACUGGUAAUCAUGCAUCCAUGCUUAGAACAAACUAUUCAAAAAUGACUGUUACAGGAAAAUUUCAAUUUUCUCUUUCUUGAUAGGAAAAUUCAGAUUUAGACAA